UUUUACUUUUAUUUUGACAGCUGGUUGCCGGAUGUAACGCCAAUGGCUCCUGGGCGGGAGUAAAGUUCUGCGAUGUGAUUGGCUCCUCAGCGGAGGUCCCGGUGUCUGCAGCUGGGGGUCUUUAGUUUGGAAACACAGCAUCAGACUGUUGGGAAUAAGGUGUAUUCAGGGCUGUUUAUUGUUUUAGAUCAGAUCAAGUAACAGAGUCAUUGUGAUGUAUUGAUUGGACAUGUUCUAAUAGUUUCAGCGCUUUGGACAGAUGUUUGCUGUGGUUUAAAAUGAAGACUGUAUUCUCUGUAGGUGAAUAUGGAAGGGUGGUUAGAGUUUAUCCCGGUCUCCAGUAAAGUGGAGCAGCAGAAGAUCCAGCUCUGAUCAGCAGCUCCACACCUCUGUACUCAGACUGCUCUGCUGGAGGAACACCAUCAGCUCACCUGCUGCAGAAGUGAAUGCUAUGCUGUUCUAAGUCUUAUCCUGAACCUACCUUCAACAUUCCUAACCAGAGGAAGUUUAGCUGCACAGAUACAGUCAGAAGAUUUCACCAAAGAUUUUAAGCUGCUGAAUGAAGAGGAGAACAUGGCAUCCUGUGAAAUUUCCAAUACUCAACAGACACCCUCUUCUACACCUCACACACAAAUACAGGAUAGUACAAGCAAGAAGAAAACUCACUGCUGCUCAGACUGUGGGAAGAGUUUUACUACACAAAGUAAUCUCAAAAAACACCAGCGCAUUCACACUGGAGAGAAACCAUUUCAGUGUUCAGAUUGCGGAAAAAGUUUUAAUCAUCAGAGUAAUCUCCAGCAACACCAGCUCAUUCACACUGGAGAGAAACCAUAUUACUGCUCAGACUGUGGGAAGAAUUUUAAUCAUCAAAGUAAUCUCCAGCAACACCAGCUUAUUCACACAGAAGAGAAACCAUAUCACUGCUCAGACUGUGGAAAGAGGUUUAAUACACAAAGUAGUCUCCGGCGACACCAGCGCAUUCACACAGGAGAGAAACCGUAUCAGUGUUCAGAGUGUGGGAAGAGCUUUAAAACUCCGAGUCAUCUCAAAGAACACCAGCGCAUUCACACUGGAGAGAAACCAUAUCACUGCUCAGAGUGUGGAAACAGUUUUACUCAACAGAGUAUCCUAAGAAAACACCAGCGGAUUCACACUGGAGAGAAACCGUAUUACUGCUCAGACUGUGGGAAGAGUUUUUCUCAACAGAGUACUUUCCAACAACACCAGCUCAUUCACACAGGACAUAAACCAUAUUACUGCUCAGAAUGUGAGAAGAGUUUUAAUCAACAGAGUCAUCUCCAAAUACACCAGCGCAUUCACACUGGAGAGAAACCGUUUCACUGCUCAGACUGUGGGAAGAGUUUUACUCAAAGGAGUAUCCUUACAAAACACCAACGUAUUCACACUGGAGAAAAACCAUAUCACUGUUCAGAGUGUGGGAACAAUUUUACUCAACAGAGUACUUUCCAACUACAUCUGCGCAUUCACACGGGAGAGAAACCGUAUUACUGCUCAGACUGUGCAGUGGGCUUUAGGUAUUCACAAACAUUUGAGAAACACAAGUGCAUUAAGAGCAGACUUGAAAAUGGUCAGUGAUACACCUAAAACCUUUCCACAUCCCAACCCAGAUCUAUUGGUAAUGGGUAAUGUGAGAGGGAACAAUUGAUUUAAAGGGUUUCUGAAGAAUAAUUAUAAAACAAAAUAUAGUUAUGUGUA